AUGUCAUCCAUUCUCAUCCUUCUCUUCUCUCUCUUCCUCUUCGCCUCUCCUUCUUCCUCCUCCCGUCCCCAACAAACGCCGCCUCCCGCCUCACAGAUCCGUCUCGCAUGCAAAGCCACACGUUACCCUGACAUCUGCCUCUCUUCUCUAUCCAAACCGGGUCUACUCCCUUCGGAUCCUAACCCAUCACAGAUCAUCCACUCAGCUAUCUCCGUCUCAUUACAAAACCUCAAAACCGCUCAAGCCAAAGUGAAGUCCAUCCUAGACGCCUCCGCAGGCAAUCUAAACCGCACCAACGCCGCGAACACGUGCCUCCAGCUACUCUCUUACUCCGAGCACCGCGUCCUAUCGACGGAUCAGGCUCUGACACGUGGCAAAAUCAAAGACGCUCGCGCUUGGCUUAGCGCAUCUCUCGUCUACAAGUACGACUCCUGGUCCGCGCUCAAAUACGUCAACGACACGGAGCAAGUCGUCGAAACGAUGACGUUUCUCAACGGUCUCAUUAACGUCACUAGUAACGCGCUUAGCAUGAUGGUUUCGUACGAUAACUACGGAGACAACGUGGCCUCGUGGACUCCCCCGGAAACCGAGAGAGACGGGUUUUGGGAUAAGACUGCGCCUGAGUUUGGUACUGGGCCGAGUUUGGGCUUCCCUGCGGGCUUGAAAGAAGACGUUACGGUGUGUAAAAACGGGACAUGUCGUUACGAGACGGUGCAGGAUGCGGUUAACGCGGCGCCUGAUAACAAUGGAACGCGUAAGUUUGUUAUUAAGAUUAACGAAGGAGUGUACGAGGAGACCGUUAGGGUUCCGUUUGAGAAGGUGAACGUUGUCUUCAUUGGAGACGGUAUGGGCAAAACGGUCAUUACAGGGUCUUUGAACGCCGGUAUGCCUGGUAUCACCACAUACAACACUCCAACUGUUGGAGUGGUAGGAGAUGGAUUCAUGGCACGUGAUAUAACAUUCCAGAACACAGCGGGACCAGACACUCAUCAAGCAGUUGCGUUUAGAUCAGACAGCGAUUUUUCUCUGCUCGAGAACUGUGAGUUCCUUGGGAACCAAGACACACUCUAUACCCAUGGCCUUCGUCAGUUCUACAAAAAAUGUCGUAUCCAAGGAAACGUCGACUUCAUCUUCGGAAACGCAGCGUCUGUCUUCCAAGACUGCGAGAUCAUAAUCGCGCCGCGUCAACUUACACCGGAGAAAGGUGAGAAAAAUGCCGUCACUGCCCAAGGAAGAGUAGACCCGGCACAGUCCACGGGGUUCGUGUUUUUGAACUGUUCGAUAAACGGAACGGAGGAGUACAUGAAGCUGUUUAAAGCUAACCCUAAGGUGCAUAGGAGCUACUUGGGAAGGCCAUGGAAAGAUUACUCGAGGACGGUGUUUAUUGGGUGUAACUUAGGGGAUUUGAUUAGUCCUGAUGGGUGGUUACCUUGGAGUGGGGAUUUGUCGCUUAAAACGCUUUAUUAUGGUGAAUCUAAGAACACGGGUCCAGGUUCUGAUAGGUCUACAAGGGUUCCGUGGAGUAGUGUGAUUCCAGAUGAGCAUGUUGAUAUGUAUUCAGUGGGUAACUUUAUUCAAGCCAAUGAGUGGCCGAUGUCUGGUUGAAUCAAGUCUAAACUAAAAAGAGUUGAAAGAAAGCUUUGUAAGAACAGAGAAGAAAGUUUUUUAAAACAAAUAAAUCCAAACUUUGGCAUUUGUAUUAGUUUAUAUCAAUUGAAGUUUCAGAUCUUUAUAAAUAA